AUGGACUCUUCCCCGAACAAGAAGACGUACCGCUACCCUCGCAGAUCGCUGUCACUUCACGCGCGUGAUAGGGUCAGCGAAGCCCGUAAAUUGGAAGAAUUGAAUUUGAACGAUGGGCUGGUUGCCGCUGGCUUGCAGUUGGUCGGUGUAGCGUUAGAGAAACAAGGUACAGGAUCACAUAUAUACAUGAAACAGAAGAAUUUCUCAGCUAAUGACGUUUCUUCGUCACCAAUGGUUUCCGAAGAAGUGAACGGAUCGGAAAUGGAUUUUAAUCCGAAGUGCAUGCCUCAGGACGCAUCACUCGUCGAAAGAAUGUUUGAUGAGCUUUUAAAAGAUGGAACUUUUUUUUGGGGGGCUGCUUAUAAGAAUUUACAAAACAUCUCUCUACGAAGGAAAUGGUUAUUGAUAUGUAAAAUCCGUAGUUCCAAUCAUUGGGGGAAAAAGAAAGUGACUUCGAGCACGACAUACUCUACACAUUUGGCCACUAAUGAACUAGCUGAAAACGCACACUUUUUGGAUGGCCUAGUUAGAAACCUUUCAACAGGUGGCAUGAAGUUAUCGAAGGCUCUAUAUAAACUAGAAAAAUUCCUGCGAAAGCAAAGCUUUUUGCAACUUUUUCUCAAGGAUGAAAUUUACUUGACGACAUUGAUCGAAAAGACUUUGCCACUCAUAUCCAAGGAAUUACAAUUUGUUUAUCUUCGGUGCUUUAAAAUACUGAUGAACAACCCACUGGCGAGAAUAAGAGCACUACAUUCUGAGCCUUUAAUUCGCUGGUUCACCGAGCUUCUGACGGAUCAAAAUUCUAAUUUGAAAUGUCAGUUACUUUCUAUGGAGUUACUUUUAUUAUUAACGUAUGUUGAGGGUUCCACGGGUUGUGAGUUGAUAUGGGACCAGCUUUCCAUAUUAUUCACCGAUUGGCUAGAAUGGUUUGACAAAAUCCUUGCGGAUGAUAUUGCAAUUCAUUCAUCCCUUUAUUUGAACUGGAACCAAUUAAAAAUAGACUAUUCGACAACUUUCCUACUGCUAAUAAACUCCAUACUGCAAGGUUUCAACAACAAGACUGCACUAGAAAUUUUGAAUUUUUUGAAAAAGAAUAAUAUACAUAACACUAUCACAUUUUUAGAACUGGCCUAUAAAGAUGAUCCUAAUAGUGUCGUGAUCAUGGAACAAAUAAAACAAUUCAAAUCCAAAGAAUCUGCGAUAUUUGACUCGAUGAUAAAAACUACCAACGAUACGAAUUCGCUUCACCCAACAAAAGAUAUCGCAAGAAUAGAAAGCGAGCCUCUAUGUCUUGAAAAUUGCCUGUUAUUGAAGGCAAAAGAUAGUCCCGUAGAGGCACCAAUAAACGAGAUUAUUCAAUCGCUGUGGAAAAUCUUAGACUCUCAAAAACCAUACUCAGAAUCUAUUAAACUAUUAAAAUUGAUAAAUUCUUUGCUGUUUUAUCUCAUAGAUUCCUUUCAAGUGUCAACGAAUCCUUCUUUUGAUGAAACCUUGGAGUCCGCAGAAAAUGUGGAUUAUGUUUUUCAAGAUUCUGUUAAUAAAUUGUUGGAUUCUCUACAAUCUGAUGAAAUUGCUAGAAGAGCGGUCACAGAAAUUGAUGAUCUUAAUGCUAAGAUUUCUCAUUUGAAUGAAAAAUUAAAUUUAGUAGAAAAUCAUGAUAAAGAUCAUUUAAUAGCAAAACUAGAUGAAAGUGAAUCUUUGAUAUCUCUGAAAACCAAGGAAAUUGAAAAUCUGAAACUGCAGUUGAAGGCAACCAAGAAAAGACUAGACCAAAUUACCACGCAUCAAAGGUUAUAUGACCAGCCACCUUCAUUGGCAAGUAGCAACUUGAGUAUUGCCGGCUCGAUAAUAAAAAAUAAUAGUCAUGGAAAUAUCAUUUUCCAAAAUUUAGCAAAAAAGCAACAGCAGCAGCAAAAAAUUUCUCUGCCCAAGCGUUCAACUAGUCUACUAAAAAGUAAAAGAGUUACGUCCCUUUCAUCAUAUUUAACUGAUGCAAAUAACGAAAAUGAGUCCCAAAAUGAAUCCGAAGAUAAAUCAAAAGACUCAUUAUUUCAAAGAUCUACGUCAACCAUUAAUUUUAAUAUCCCUUCUAUGAAAAAUAUUACUAAUAUGCAAAAUGUCUCUCUAAAUUCGAUACUUUCAGAGUUGGAAUUUUCAAAUAGCCUAGGAACACAACCUAAUUACCAAUCGUCUCCCGUGUUGUCUUCGGUUUCUUCUUCACCAAAACUUUUCCCUCGACUUUCCUCAGAUAGUCUUGAUAAUGGAAUCCAACUAGUACCUGAAGUUGUUAAACUACCUCAACUUCCACCGCCCCCUCCUCCACCUCCCCCUCCUCCACUUCCACAGUCUCUUUUGACUGAAGCAGAAGCUAAACCGGAUGGUGUUUCCUGUAUUGCAGCACCUGCACCGCCACCCCUUCCAGAUCUAUUUAAAACUAAAACUUGUGGCGCCGUUCCACCACCACCACCGCCACCGCCUUUACCCGAGUCCUUGUCGAUGAACAAAGGCCCCUCCAAUCACGAUUUAGUUACUCCUCCAGCUCCACCUUUACCAAAUGGUCUUCUUUCUUCCUCCUCAGUGUCUAUCAAUCCAACGACAACCGAUUUAAAACCACCUCCAACUGAAAAGCGAUUGAAGCAAAUCCACUGGGAUAAGGUGGAGGAUAUCAAAGACACACUUUGGGAAGACACGUUUCAACGCCAAGAAACAAUCAAAGAAUUACAAACUGAUGGUAUAUUCUCUCAGAUUGAAGAUAUUUUUAAGAUGAAAAGUCCGACUAAGAUUGCAAAUAAAAGGAACGCAGAAUCCUCAAUUGCCUUGUCUUCAAACAAUGGCAAGUCUUCCAAUGAGCUGAAGAAAAUUUCAUUCUUAUCAAGAGAUUUGGCUCAGCAAUUUGGUAUUAAUUUACACAUGUUUUCCCAAUUAUCUGAUAUGGAAUUUGUUAUGAAAGUAUUGAACUGUGAUAACGACAUUGUCCAAAAUGUUAACAUACUGAAAUUUUUUUGUAAAGAAGAGUUAGUAAAUAUACCAAAAAGUAUGCUUAAUAAGUACGAGCCAUAUUCACAGGGUAAGGAUGGUAAAGCAGUAAGUGACUUACAAAGAGCUGACAGAAUAUUUUUGGAGUUGUGUAUCAAUUUAAGAUUUUAUUGGAAUGCAAGAUCAAAGAGUCUGCUGACAUUGUCAACAUACGAGAGAGAUUAUUACGAUUUGAUUUUCAAGUUACAAAAAAUUGAUGAUGCAAUUUCACACUUAAAUCGUUCACCUAAAUUUAAAAGUUUGAUGUUUAUUAUCACGGAAAUAGGCAAUCAUAUGAAUAAAAGAAUUGUUAAGGGUAUCAAAUUGAAGUCAUUGACUAAACUUGCCUUUGUCAGAUCCAGUAUUGAUCAAAAUGUAUCAUUUUUGCAUUUUAUUGAAAAAGUCAUAAGAAUAAAAUAUCCUGAUAUAUACGGUUUUGUGGAUGAUUUGAAGAACAUUGAAGAUUUAGGUAAAAUCUCACUAGAACACGUUGAAUCAGAGUGUCAUGAAUUUCAUAAAAAAAUUGAGGAUUUAGUUACUCAGUUUCAAGUAGGAAAGCUAUCCAAAGAGGAGAACUUAGACCCCAGAGAUCAAAUUAUUAAAAAGGUCAAGUUUAAGAUUAAUCGGGCCAAAACAAAAAGUGAAUUAUUGAUUGGUCAAUGUAAAUUAACUUUAAUAGAUUUGAAUAAACUGAUGAAAUAUUACGGUGAAGAUCCCAAAGAUAAAGAGAGUAAAAACGAAUUUUUCCAACCCUUUAUUGAAUUUUUAGCCAUGUUUAAGAAAUGUGCCAAGGAAAACAUUGAAAAGGAGGAAAUGGAAAGAGUGUACGAACAAAGGAAGAGCUUGUUAGAUAUGAGGACAAGCAGUAAUAAGAAAAGCAAUGGAAGUGAUGAAAACGAUGGUGAAAAAGUAAACAGGGAUGCUGUUGAUCUACUCAUAUCUAAAUUACGCGAAGUAAAGAAGGAUCCAGAACCUCUAAGAAGAAGAAAGAGUACAAAACUCAAUGAAAUAGCCAUUAACGUACAUGAAGGAGAUGUAAAAACGAGAAAGGAUGAAGAUCACGUUUUACUAGAGAGAACGCAUGCUAUGCUGAACGAUAUUCAAAAUAUAUAG